AUGGACGCGUCUCUGGCCUCUCUGCAAGCGCGACUUGCGACCUUCGAAAGUGCCACGUCAGCCAAAUCACGACGCCCUUCAGCCCGCUCCAAGAAGGCAGGAACAAAAGCAAAACCCGCCUGGCCACUGUCAUCACCCAGCGCUCAGGACCUAGCAUAUGCUGGUUUCGUCUGGAGGCCCACGACUGCCAGCCCAGACAAUGUCCAGUGCUACUUCUGCAACUGCCAGCUAGAUGGCUGGGAGGAGUCAGAUGUACCCGCCUUUGAGCACCUCACACAUUCACCGAGUUGCGGCUAUGCUGUCGUCGCCUGCAUACGACUUCGCAAUGGAGAUCCAGGCAGAACAGAGGAGGAUCCUACUAGUGAGGCCAUGGUGGCAGCGCGUCGCGAUACAUUUGGCGACUUGUGGCCUCUUGACAGCAAUGAAGGCUACCCAGCGGUAGACCAGAUGGUCAAUGCCGGAUGGUAUUAUGACCCCGCAGAUGGCACGGCUGAUGGGGUGACGUGUGCCUACUGCUCUCUAUCACUCGAUGCCUGGGACGCGGGUGACAAUCCCAUGGAGGAACACCGUCGUCGCUCACCAGACUGUCUGUUCUUCACCCUCUCACAACUCUACAAUCCACCACCCAAGCCUGAGCCACCCAAGGAGAGCAAGCGCGCCUCUACUAAAGCCAAGCGCGCCUCUACUCGCUCCUCCACGUCAUCCACUGCUAGCAAGAAGCCUACACGUGGCAGGAAACGCGCCAGUGAUACAACCCAAGAAUCAACGUUCUCCAUGAUACUCCCCCCGCCUACACGUGGCAAAAAACGCGCCAGCAAUGCAACAGAUGAUUCAGAAGUACUCCAGCCUACGCAGCCGGAGUAUUCCGACGUGCACCAGCCCCCAACAAAAAGGUUCAGAUCGUCUAGCUUCUCCAGCCUCCCAGAUGACCUUCCCGUCGGUACUCCUAAGAAGACGCCGAUGGAAGUCAGAGAUACUGGUGUCACAACCUUUGAGAUGUCCAGUCUGCCGGCUUCUCUGCUCGUGGGAACCCCUAAGAAGACUCCCACGAUGUUGAGGGAUGCGGAAGGCAGUUACGACACUCAUUCCUGGCAACCGACCGACAUGGAGCUCUUCUUCGCCGAUCAGUCGAAUGAAGGAGGUUUCAUGAAUGACAUUCUCAUCGACGCCGGCUUGGAUGAUAUUGCUUCCGCGGGUGCCAAUCCCGAAGACCUCUACGCUGCUGUUUUGGCGGGUCUCACAGACCAGGAGAGGGAUAUGACAGUUGAGCAAUGGGUGCUCUACAAUGCCAAGCGGGGGGAGGAAAAGCUUCGCGUAGCAUGCGAGCAACAAAUCCUCGCCUUUGAGGCAGAGGGCAGGCGUGCGAUGGCGAUGCUUGAGAGCAUCCCUACCUUAUAA